UCCCCAAAACCUGACAGUGUUGAGUGUUCUUCUAUUAAGGGUUUUACAGAGUUUUUAGGUUUGGGAAGACGAAGAAGAAGAAGAAGAAGAAGAAGAAGAAGAAGAAGAAGAAAGCACAAUCAAUUACAGUUUUCUCAAUUCGAGCUUCAGAUUGUUGCCCGUCUCAACUCCAGAGGGAAUGAUUCUCCCAUACGCGACACGUGUCACUUGCCCUGUUAACGGAUUCAUCAUCCCUUCCCCACUAUUUUCCGGCGUCUCUGCUUCUGCCCUUUGCAAAAGAAACGGUUUUGAGGUUUCUUCUUCGAGAUAUGAGUGUUCUGCCUCGGUGAACAUGGUUAAUGCUAUGAGGUCUAGAAGAAACGUGAAAGCUUUUGGGCUGGUUGAUAAACUUGGGAAGAAGUCAUGGAGAAACAAAGACAGUGAAGACGAUGAUGAGGUGAAGAAAGAUACCUCUGACAAAAGAUCAGCAAGCCUCGAUGAUCCUGAGGAGAGACGGGAGUGGAGGAAGAAGAUAAGAGAGGUGAUUGAUAGCCACCCUGAUGUCGAAGAGGAAGAGAUUGACAUGGUGGAGAAGAGGAGGAAGAUGCAGAAGCUUCUUGCGGAUUACCCUCUUGUUGUCAACGAGGAGGAUCCUGAUUGGCCUGAGGAUGCUGAUGGUUGGGGGUUUAGCUUCAACCAGUUCUUCAAUAAGAUCACUAUUAAGAACGACAAGAAGGAUGAUGAUGAAGACGAUGGUGAUGAUGAUAAGGAGAAGGAGAUUGUUUGGCAAGAUGAUAACUACAUACGACCGAUUAAAGAUCUCACAACUGUUGAAUGGGAGGAGGCAGUGUUCAAAGAUAUCAGUCCUCUCAUGGUUCUUGUUCACAACCGUUACAAAAGGCCAAAGGAAAACGAAAAAUUCAGGGAAGAGCUAGAUAAGGCGAUUCAGGUCAUAUGGAACUGUGGACUUCCUUCACCAAGAUGUGUUGCUGUUGAUGCUGUGGUUGAGACAGAUCUGGUCUCUGCUCUGCAAGUAUCUGUGUUCCCAGAGAUCAUCUUCACUAAAGCUGGAAAGAUAUUAUACCGUGAGAAAGGCAUUAGAACAGCAGAUGAGCUCUCAAAGAUCAUGGCUUUCUUCUAUUACGGAGCUGCAAAGCCACCUUGUUUAAAUGGUGUCGACUAUUCCCAAGAACAGAUUCCUUCAGUUGAUUAGUAAGUGUUGAUUUAGAGCAUAGGCUUUGUGAUUAUGUAAACUAGUUUCUUCUCUAAAAAAUCUGAAGAAAAUGUAUGAACUUAUGAAGAAGAAGUAAUCAAUCUUUUGAAUUUGAAAUAUCUUUU